AUGAUGAGAUAUACUUUUUCAUCUGGCCAGUUCAUACUGCUCAGUUUGGUCAUCGCAAUAAUUUCAACAUUUUUUGAUUGUUAUGAAAUUUGUGAGAAUCGUGGACUAGCGACUUAUAGCAAAUUAAUUUUUGGAAACGACUCACAUGAAUACUCUCACUAUUACUACUAUUUUCAGACAAUCCGCCGUAAUCAGCCUUCUCCAGUUGUAGAUGAACAGUUUGUAAAAUUGGCUGCUGACGAGAAAAUCCCUCUGAAAUUCCCGUUUAAAUUCUAUGGCACAAACGUCAGUGAACUAAAGAUGUACAGUAGUGUAAACACAGGUUCAUUAGAAAUGAAAAUAGAAAAUGGAUUGGGAACGAUUUACACUGACUUACUAAAGAGUGGGUUGCCUGAAUAUGAGAUUUCGAAUGAGAAGGAAUUUGUAGCUGUCCGAAUGAUUUUUCACCGAAACAUUGAUGGUAAAAGUGUUGAAUUGAAGGUGUUAAAUCUCAUACAUCCGAGCGGGAAGAUAUCUGUUUAUUAUGAGAACGUUUCUGAGGAAAUCAGGGAAAAUGAAUUGGAAUCGGUCGUUAACCGUCACUUCCUGUGUCAAGUAGGAGGUAACAAAUGUCAUUUAUAUUCUGAUUUACACUGAAAUACAUGAACAACCAUCUGUUAGACUAA